CUUCAGGUGUGGCUGUUUGAGGUUACGCAGGUAAAAAAAAGGCUACGUUUACCCAACUUUGACGGGUCAGGGUUAGCAGUUUUUUGUUCAGUAAACAAAACGACCCUGCAGACUGGCCAGUUCGUAACAAGAGGAAGGAAGACUGGAACCGGAAAAGCCGUGUGAAGUCCGUAAUUAUAGCUCAAGGAGAACGUCGUUUGUUUCGUGGUGGUCAGAAAAUUCUUGAAAUGGUCUAUUUGAUACAUAUAUAUUGAAAAAGCUUCUAUUUCGAUCGGAUUUGUAUUUGAAAUAAUAAACCUUUAUUGAGUUCUGGACGGUGUGGACUUUUGGACAAGUUGGCUUUGCUCGCGUGAGUAGUGCACGAGGAGAAGAAAGGCGACAAAGAAAUGGACAAUGACGUCGAAGCGCAAGAUACUUUUCCAGUGCAAAGGGAUGAAGAAGGUGAGAAUCAAGGAGCGCAAAAGAGAAGGGGUCAGAGGGUAGAGAAGUUUCACAAGAAAGUUUCUAGAUGGAUGCUUCCAGAGGAGUUACAUGAGACUUAUUUGGAGCGCGCCAACUGCUGCCCACCACCUAUCUUUAUCAUCCUCAUCAGUUUAGCAGAGUUGGGAGUGUUUAUCUACUAUGCAGUAUGGAAGCCCCAGAAGCAGUGGAUAACCUUAGGUACGGGAAUCUGGGAGAGUCCUCUUACCUAUAAGCCUGAACUACGUAAAGAGGCGUGGCGGUUCGUCUCCUACAUGUUUUUGCAUGCUGGGGUGGAGCACAUCAUGGGCAACCUGUUGAUGCAGGUGCUGCUGGGCAUUCCCCUGGAACUUGUGCAUAAGGGGUUUGAAGUGGGCAUGGUCUAUAUGGCUGGGGUCCUUGCAGGUUCCCUCGCCAGCUCCAUCUUUGAUCCUCUCAGUGCACUUGUGGGGGCCUCAGGUGGUGUCUAUGCCCUCAUGGGUGGUUACUUCAUGAAUGCCGUGGUGAAUUUCAGGGAGAUGUUUCUACCUCUGGGAAUAUUUCGGAUCGUAGUAAUCCUUCUCAUUGUUGGGACAGAUGUAGGCUUUGCUAUUUACAGAAGAUUUAUUGUCCAUGACACUGCCAUGAAGGUGUCUUUUGUGGCCCACAUUGGCGGUGGUAUAGCAGGCAUGACCAUUGGUUAUGUGUUUUUCACCAACUACAAUAAAGAGCUCUUGAAGGACCCACGCUUCUGGAUGUGCAUUGUUGGAUACAUUGUCUUCUUCUUGUUUGCUGUCAUUUUCAACAUCUUCUUGUCCACAGCACCUGCUUGAAGGUGUUUCUGUAAUGGUUGAAGCUAUGCCCCUAUUCACAAAGGAAAAUCCUGGCUUUAAAAAAAAGAAGAAAAAAAAAAGCCUUUCUCGGGUCACUAUAACUAAGACAAUUCUAUUCAUCAUUAUGUUUACAUACUCUGGUUGGAUGCUAAUACACUACAUAGAUUUUAAAAGUGAAUAUUUUUGAAUGUAUAGAUUGAAUUUGAUAGAUUUGUAAAAUGCUGUUAUUGAUAUGCAAAUAUGAACUUUUUUUUGGUUUUGCUUUGAGACCUUUGCUUUUGACAUCCUCAAAUAUGUAACUCCUCAGGAACAAAUACAAGUGUAAUAUUUGUAUUUUGAAGGGUUUGUUAUUGCAGGGCCAUUUAUUUUUUUAUCGACAGGAUUAAUGAGCCCUUGGUGAGUUCAAAUGGUUAUUUAAAAUACUUGGUUUGUCAUUUUAUUGACAAGAUUAUUGAUAAAAGGUGAAGAUUUAAUGUUCACUUAACUUGUUUGAGAAUGUGACCAUUGUGUUUGUAGGCAGGAAAAAGACUGUAUUAGUGCCCACUGGAGAACGUUUCCCUGAUUAUUAUCUGACAAGAUGAGCCCCUAAACCUAUUCCUAACUACUGUUACAGGCCUGAGACUGUGCCAAUUAAUGGGGCAACUUUCUCCAUUGUGUGGUUUGCAGGUAGCAAAAAAGUAGCUUUUUGGUUAAAAACCACCCCUAGAGAAAAUACAAUGCAAUGUAAUGACAGGACUCAAUUUUGGAGGUGCUAUCUCUCCAUUAUUUUAACUCUGAUAUGCAAAAAUCUAUAGUGGGCUGCAUGUAGGCUGACCACAACCUGAGGUCACACUAAUGUAGUUUAAAUGUGGUAUUGCAUAAGCUAUGAUCAUUAGGAAUUUGUGUCAAAUAAAUGCUAAUGACAUGUAUUUACAAUGACCUUAUAUUUUUUUCCCCUGGUUAUCAUAUUCAGUUUUAAAGCUGGGUUUUAGGUUGGAAUUUUGGUGGUGAUUAAGAAAAUGUGUAAACCUUUUCUUAGGUGUUUUUAAGGUAAUUGUCAGUUUUACAGAUUUUUUAAUAUUGUAAUGAAAUGAUGUAUUAAAUAUUUUA